CUGCGACAAGUCUGCGAUUUGCUAGAGAUUUCGACGCGUUUUUCUACUUCGAUUUGUAGCCAGUGAAUUAAUAACUGUUGUAGUAUUCGUGAUUUAAUUCGGGUGUUUGUUUCGCUAGUACUUUGUUAAUUCAUUCGGAUCUUUCGGAGUAAAGCAGAUUGAAGAACGAUGUCUCUGUUCGGAUCGCUGAUGGCCGACGUGGAGGACGAUCCGUUUUUCGGGUCCCACAUGAGGCAAAUGCGCCAUAUGAACAACAUGAUGAACUCGUUGUUCUCGGACCCGUUCGGCAUGCUAGGGGGCGACGGGCCGCUGUCGAUCAUGGGCCCGCGGCAGGGCAAUGCCAUGAUGCCUUUCAUGCCUCAGAUGCCAACACUCAACAGACUCUUUACUGAUAUGGCCGGCACCAACAUGCAUCAUCCUGGAAGCUCAUUCAGCAGCAGCACUGUGGUUAUGUCCAGUGGACCGGGCGGAAAGCCUCAGGUAUACAGCUCCACAAGCAGCACAAAGAUUGGUCCUCAUGGUAUCAAGGAGACAUGCAAGACAGUACAGGAUUCACGAACUGGCACCAAGAAAAUGGCUAUUGGUCACCACAUCGGCGAGCGUGCUCACGUGAUCGAGCGCGAACAGAACUACUACACAGGCGACGCCGAAGAACGACAGGAGUUCAUCAACUUGGAGGAGGAUGAGGCUGAAGACUUCGACAGAGAGUUCCAAUACAAAGCUUCUACCGGUACAAACCGCGGUCGCGCCGCCAUUGCGGCCGCUCCACGUGAAUCUCCGCGCCUCGCCCUGCCCGCGCCGCCGCCCAGCUUCACAGUGCCCAAUACAAGUAGCGAGGGCCGACGCACUCCGCGGCCCGCACCGCGGCGUGCCCUGCGCCCCAGCGCCAGCCCGCUCACACUGCCGUCCAGCCCCAGUGUUCGCGAGGUGUACGGCAGUUCCCACCCGCAGCGACACCGACACAAACAGCACAAGCACCGCCACACGCCCGCCGACAACUAGGCCGACACGCCGACGCUCGCCGACAACUAGGCCGACACUACGCCGACACGAGGGUACGUACUACGAAGCGGUUGGUUACACAUCAAUGACAAUGUAUUGUUGACCUUGGUUCACUUUAACACUGAAGAAGGUUUUAAACAGUUCGUUUAUUUUUUAUUACAACUGUUAAAAAAAACCCGCCGACCCUUUGACACACUGUUCUUGUCAAACUCUAGAACUGUAUUGUAUCAUUAACAUAUCCAUAACUAAAUUAGUCAGUGGGAAACUUUUCGGCGAGGAUUUUUUUUUAUUUUGGUGUUCAAGAGAACCAUAGUGUAUUUACUCAUAUUUCUCAUUGUGUAAUAUUUGUCUUUAAUUUACAUGUUUCAAACGACAAUUCCAAACUAUUCUUGUCUUAUAGAUGAAUUGUUGUUAAAUAAUUUUUCAUUGUAGUUAAGUAUGUACGUUCAAGUGAUGUUUUAGUUAUCUCUGAUUAUGAAUAGUUCAGUUCUGUGAAUAAUUUAAGACUUGCACUAAAAUCUGUGCGUGGAAUAAAAAAUUGUUUCUCUUGUCAUGUGUAACCGUGCGAACAAUUAAAGCUGAAACGGAAUGCCUUCGUAUUUAUUGAUAAAAUCUCGUAGAAAUGAAAUGAGAGCAAUCCUUUUGAGAUAUCUUGCUGAUUAUGUGAUUGUCUUACUAUGAAUUGAAAAGGACGCGUAACUAAAUGUUGAAUUUAAUGAUGUCAGUUUAUUUUAUUUGUUGGCAAGCCGCUUCGUAACGCUCUGUGUCGGCAUGUGUUACAAACUUUGUCGUCUAAUGUUUUCCGACAUAGAUAUUAGUGAAAUGUAUUAAAAUUAGGACAUAAUGUUUCUUUUCGACGAUGCCCCCCGCCACUCGGUGUAAAACUCUUUGAUUGGACCUUGCACAUGCAAGCCACGACGAAAUGGCGGGAAGCUCCUAAAAUGACGCCAUAUUUAAAGAUGGCGUCUAGGAACUUGUUUUUUUUUUAUGUAGCAUUAUUUUUGGCUACGAGGCAUGACAUUUAGAUUUAGAUUUUGUUUCCAUUUCGAUUCCUUUUUAGUAAUAGUUUAGUUUAAUUACAAUACUUUAGUGUCGUGGCUGUGAGUGCGUUGUCCAAUAUUCCAUAUGCUGUUCCCGCCCACCUGACAAUCAUACUACAAAUGUAUUAGAAAUAGAUUUAUGAAAUAAAAUUGUUCUGUACUCCACACGGUGGCGUUUCUAGGUAUCUGAUUUUAUUGCCCCAAAAGAGAACACCAAUCUUCGUAAUUAAUUAUAAAAAUCUCAUCUCUAGUUGCCACAGUUGAUCUGUGAUGAUAGUACUGGAUCUUCUAGCGACGCCGCUGCUCAUACAAAUUCUAGGGUAAUGUAAUAAAGUAGAAUAAUCUUCGUAUAUCAAUUUUCUUCCGUAAAACACCAAUUUAUAGUAAAUUAAACUGUAAUAAAAACUAACGUUUCGGUCAAGUUCGCUAGCUAUCUUUUAAAUCACUCGUUGAGUUUAGAUUAGCUCAUUCAAAAUUAUCAUUAUUGUACGUUCAGAUAUCGAUAAUAAGAUAUGUUUAAUUAUAAACUCAUUAGUAGUCGUAAGUAUCGUACUUCUAAGUUUUUUGGCAAAUUGUUCAAGUAAAAAUUGUUAUAGAGGUCGACUGAUAAAUUUUUGCCAAUGAAGUAUUUAUUUAUUUGUCGAUUUCAAUAAGAAAAAUAUAGAAUUAAUUAUUUAACUAAAUAAAUUUCAUCGUUUUCUAAAGAUGUUAGAAGUCUGCUGAAAGGAGUUUCAAUUGAUUUCUGUAAGCAGGCAUUAGUUCACAAAUAUUAGGUAGGGUUUGUAGCAUAAGGUCCAUCUUCCAUUAUGAUGUUAUGAUUCCUUUGUUUGCAGCUAUAAAAAAAAUGGCUUGACAUGUGUCAAAUUUCACAGAUUUUGGUUAUAAUUACAAUUCUUUUUACCCAUUUUUUCUUUGUUUGGCCCUAAUAAUAUAAAUGUUCUGCACAAAAUUACUACGGUGCUGGACGCUUUGAAUCGCUCAUUCCUUAAAAUAAAGUGAUUAUUUUUUUUCA